AUGGCAGCGGCGACUGCAGCUCCAGCGGCACCGCCAAGCACCUCAGGGUUGGACAUAUACUUACCGCCUUCAUCCCCCCUCUUCGUGUAUUCGCCAAACAUACCGCCUCCGCCCGCAGGAGCAUCUGCCGAUGCGAACUUUACGAGCGCAUGGAAGGGCAUUGGCGCUUCCACUGGCGCAGCACCAGCUCAGAGCGGAGGAUGGGGAGAUACUACCCCCAAGGGUAGCGAAGCGGGCGCAGGAAACGUCAAGCAAACGGGCGGAAACGCCGCAUUUGUGUUGAACGGUGUACAUCUGACCUCCUUCACUCCAAUCUUUGACGCCCCACAAGGCUAUUCUACUUCCCUCUUGUCCUCGACGAAUGGCCCAGCGGCAGCAUGGACAACCAACCAGACCUUCCCACAACCUUUCGGUCCCUCUUCCCUUCUAUUCGCUGUAACAUGCGCCGAUCCUGCCGCCUGCCCUUCCGCCCCCUUCAUUUUCCAUGGCGCUCACAUCGGGACAGAAGUGGCUCCGCCAGCCGCUUCCGGAGCAGCAGGAUCAGCCGUAAAGAACGCCGUAGCGGACGACGCAUCCGGGCUUGUCAAGUAUACAGGCUGGAGUCCGGCGGGAAAGGACAAUAAUGUCAUUGCUCCGGGCAGCGGUGAUUAUGGUGGGACACUGAGUAUGACUGCCACGGCCAAUGCUUCUGCUAUCGUCAAGUUCAGAGGUACUGCCGUCCUUUUGCGAGGUGUCACCGCACCGCCCCUAGGCAUGUUCACCAUCGCGCUGGACUCUGCGACCCCACAGGCAUAUACCGCGCGAGACGAGGUGACGACACACGAUGUCGCCCUGUUCUUCGCUUCUGCCCUGGAUGGGACAGCAGUGCAUCAGCUGGCGCUCACAACUCUACCUGGAGGUGAUGGAAGUACGGGAGCUGUGAUUGACAGAGUGGAAGUAUGGGGUGCUGAAGGCGCUGUCGGCUUCCUCGGGGAUGACGGGAAUAUUGUCAUUCCACCAGUAUCACCGAUCGUCCCACCUUCCACAGGCGGUGGCGGCAGCGGUGGCGGAAAUGGCGGUACCAAUCCCGGCGGCACCCUUACUGGCGCAACAGGUGGUGGCGCACCCAGUGCAGGAGCCGUGGUCGGAAUCAUCAUCGGUGUUCUCGCAGCACUGAUACUGAUGUACUAUUUCUUCCGAAAGUAUGGUCGACCAGCUGUAGUCAAGCCGAAAAGCAAUGAGGUAAACAAGUGGGACGCGGCGAAUAAUCUGCAGGCGAUGAAACAGGAGGCGGUGUUGGUGACGACAGUGGCGGAACAGCGAUAUGUCUACCCGGGAAUGAUCGCUUACUCCGACUUGAAGGCAAAGUGA